AUGAAACUCUUGAUUUUGAUAUUUUCUAUAACAUUAUUUUCUUUGGGUUUGGCUGUAAAUUCCACGCCUUUAUUUAAUAGCAUCAAGAUUGAUAAUGACGAUGGGUCAAAGAAGCCAUAUGUUGUUGUAAUUAAAUCAAAAAAAUCAGAAUUGUCAUUAAAUAUCAACCAACUAUCACCAUCAUCAUCUAUAAAACCUUCUUCAUUACACGCCAUAUAUGAAGAUCACAUUGCAUGGAUUUCUUCUGAAAAUCAAAUUGAAUCAACUGUAUCAAAAUUAAAAAAUGAAUCAACUAUUAUUACAACUGCUAGAAAAAUUCUUCAUGAAUAUGUAAUUGGUGAUGAUUUUAGAGGUUACUUAGGACUAUUUAAACCACAAUUUGUUGAAGAAAUACUUAGUAAAAGAGAUGACGUGGAGAUAGUCGAGCCUGAUUCUGAAGUUGAGGUUGCUUAUGAUCCAUAUGAUUAUCAUAAUCUCAAUACAGAAAAUGGUGGUAUUGAAGAGGAUUAUUAUUAUAAUGAUGAUGAAAUUGAUUAUAAAUUAAAUGAUGAUGAUGGUGGUGAAUCUGAUAAAAAAAAUGAUACCUUUCAAAAAUUUGGAUUUAGAAUACAAGAUGAUAAUUUGGAUAGAAUUGAUCAGCACAAUUUACCAUAUGAUAAUAAAUUUGCCUCGCCUGCUACGGGUGGUAGAAGAGUAAAUAUUUAUGUAAUUGACACAGGAAUAAAUAUAAAUCAUCCUGAUUUUCAAGGAAGAGCUUCUUGGGGUGUCACGAUUAAACAAGGCUCUCCCAACAUUGAUGAUUAUGGUUGUUUUGGGGUUGCAAAAGCUGCAAGAGUUAUAGCCGUUAAAGCUUUAGGAAGAUCAGCAAAUGCUGCAAUAAAAGCUCUUACAAAUCUAGGCAUACAUGUUACAGUGGCAGCUGGUAAUUAUUAUGGUGCAAACGCUUGUGCCUUUUCACCAGCCUCUUCAUCUGAAGCCAUAACCACUGGUUCUACGAAUAUUGAUGAUAUGAUUUCAGAAUUUUCUAAUGUUGGUCCUUGUAUUGAUAUUUUCGCACCAGGAGAGGAUAUUUAUUCAACAUGGAUUGGAUUACAUGGAUCAAAAUUAUUGUCUGGUACAAGCAUGGCAUCUCCCCAUGUCGCUGGUGCCAUAGCAUUAAUCAUUAGUGAAAAAGGUAAUAUGUCACCAGAAAAAAUGAAAUCAAUGAUAGUAAAAUUGGCUACUCAUGGUGUAUUGAAAAAUACAGAGUCAACCAAUCCACCUUCUCAUAAUAAGUUGUUAUACGUGAAUAUUUGA